CCCGCGCGCGCGCCCGCUCGCUCGCUGGCGCUGAGGAAAACGUUGCGCAGGUUCAAAAAUGGAACGUCGGCGGCGUGAGGGAGCGCUAGGGGGUGUGCGCGCGUGCGCGUGCGCGCCCGGCCGAGCCUGACGGGGUCUCCGCCGGCCCGAGCAUCGCGCGUACCAGCCGCGGCCCCGCUGCUCCACCCCCAGCCCGGCCCGGCCCGGCCCCGGGCCCACUCGCCCGCUGCCCCGCAUGGAGCUGUCAGCCAUAGGCGAGCAGGUGUUUGCGGUGGAGAGCAUCCGGAAGAAGCGCGUGCGGAAGGGCAAAGUCGAAUAUCUGGUGAAGUGGAAAGGAUGGCCCCCCAAGUACAGCACGUGGGAGCCAGAGGAGCACAUCCUGGACCCUCGCCUUGUCAUGGCCUACGAGGAGAAGGAGGAGAGAGACCGAGCAUCAGGGUAUAGGAAAAGAGGUCCGAAACCCAAGCGGCUUCUGCUGCAGCGGCUGUACAGCAUGGACCUGCGGAGCUCCCACAAAGCCAAGGGCAAAGAGAAGCUCUGCUUCUCUCUGAUGCUCCCGCUUGGUAGCGGGAGCCCCGAGGGGGUGGUCGAGGCGGGGGCAGCUGAGUUGGUGGACAAGGGCCCCUUGGUGCCCACCCUGCCCUUCCCACUCCGCAAGCCACGCAAGGCCCACAAGUACCUGCGGCUCUCACGCAAGAAGUUCCCGCCACGCGGGCCCCACCUGGAGAGUCACAGCCAUCGACGGGAGCUCUCCCUGCAGGAGCCACAAGCCCCAGAUGUCCUGCAGGCCGCCGGCGACUGGGAGCCUGUGGAGCAGCCCCCUGAGGAGGAGGAAGCAGACCUGGCCAAUGGGCCCCCUCCCUGGACACCCAUGCUCCCCUCAAGUGAAGUUACCGUGACUGACAUCACCGCCAACUCCGUCACCGUCACCUUCCGCGAGGCUCAGGCUGCCGAGGGCUUCUUCCGAGACCGCAGUGGGAAGCUGUGAACAGCGGCUUCCCCUCUUAAACUAUGUUCCUUGGGGUUUGGGUGAGGAAUUCCAGACAGGAGGGGCUGGGAGCAGGGUAAAUAUUUUAUUUUUUAAGAAGCAAAAGCAUGGGAAGACCCCGCGCCCCUGCCCUUGCUCCCUGAGGGUUGUCUGCAAAGAGGCCUCUGGGACAGGGUGGGAAGGCCAGUGUUGUUUGGGUCUCGACUCCAGGGCAGAGGGGGAGGGCCACCCUGCCCAGUACGCCUCUGUCAUUAUCUUUCAGAGGCUGAUCCUAGGAGUCGGAGGAGCCCAGGAGGUCCACACCUUGCCUCAAGCAGUGACCCCAGCUUUCUGGUGGUGUUCCCUCCCUGUUCCCUGACUUGGGGCUUUACUAUGAUGUUCCUACUCCAGCUUUGUCGUGGGACAUGAAGGCUGGCUUUGGCCACCAGGGACAGGAUCAGGACACAGGGCAUGGCCUGGACCAGGGAAAAGGCUACCCACCAAGCCUCUUCUGAGUGUUGUCUCCCCAUCACUGACCUGUGUAGAGAUGCCUGUGAACACGUCCAGCCACCCCAGUGUACACAUGCUGCCUGUGUGUGUGUUCACACCUGCCCUGUGUCUAUAGACCUGUCCACAUGGACCUUGCACGCCCUUAGUAACUGACUAGGUGAACAUGGCGUGACUCACAGCACAGAUGAACUUGCCACGGCACCCUCACUCCACCUUGCAUGGAUGUCAUGUGACAGGAUUGGUCUCUGUUGGCUUGCAGCCAUCGGCAAACAGAUGGGGCCUGGCCUGGGCCUGGUGGCAUCUGGUCUCCAAGGCACAGAAAGGACCAGGCAUCAGUUGUGCAAGGUGCAGAUGCUUCCACGCAGGCUCACAGACACUUGGCUCUUCCUUCCUCCCACAGGAGUUCACGUUCUUUCUGACUCAGGUGACUUUCCAGCCCCCACCUCCCCUUCUCUGCCUUCUCCUGCAGCUCAGCCAAUCUGGGCACCCAUGAGUGC